AAAAAAAACAAUUAAAUAAGUGUUAAAUAAUUUAUAUUUUUGAUAAAUUUCUUUUCUUUUGAAAUGAAUCCACAAGAUAUAUAUCAAAGAAAUCUAGAGAUGCAUCUACUUGCCACUCAAUAGAUGCCUAUUGCAUCAGAUAUGAAACCUCAAUCUGAAUCAGUAAAUAGAUUAGCCUAUCCAGUUCCUUAGCAGUAUACAGAUUUCAAUGAAGCAAACUUUAACCCUAAGAUAAAUGAGAAAUCAGUAAGUUUGAAUAGAGGCUAUGAUGAUUUGAUUGCUUGGAAGCAAAAAGUAGAAGCAAAGAAUGUACUUUUGAAAUAGUACAAAGACUAAGAAGAAGAAAAAGAAUAGACUGAGUAAUAUGUAUACACAAAUAACAAUUCAAAUAAGAUUUUAGGAGAUACAAGAAGCUAAUAAAAAGUAGAGGAUAUCUUAAUUAUGAAAGGAGAAGAAAAAAAGUAAAAAAUCAUGUAAAAAGAAUAAGAAUUGUAUGGUUAAUUAGGAAAACCUCAAAUUAAUUAGUAUUAAUAAAAUGAUUACACUUAAAAAAAUGUUUACACUAGGUUGUAUGAUAAGGCUGUAGUUAGCUAAUAAAAAUAGUAAGAUGAAAAGAAAAAAUAGCAAAUAAAGGAAGAAAGGAAGAAGGCUUUAUUAGCCAGUGAGCAAGAAAAGAAAAAGGAAACAUAGUAAGGAAAUUUUAAUUGGAACUUAGCAUUCAGACAACCCUAAAAUCUUUUCUAAAAACCUAAAAAUGCUUUAGAAAAAGCAGAAGAACAAUAAAAGUUAAUGGAGAUUAUGAAAUAAAACUUUGAAUUUGCAAGAUAAAGCUUGUCUUCGAAAAAAUCAAUUGUAGAAAUUUAAGAAAAUGGACAAGUUUCUCCAGGAUAGCUUAAUUAGCUUGCUUAAUCUAUACAAUAGUUUGAAUCUAAUUAAAAUUAAUUAAAUGAAUUUGAAGCUUCGUCCAAAAAAAACCAAGAUGAUUAGUUAGUUAUUUCUAAUUUCAUUAAUUAUGAAGAAGAAGUUAAAAAGGAGGCAUAGCAUAUUUAAGGCUCAAGAAUUUAGAAUUAGGAUAAUACAUAGAAUGUGGAAUAGCAACAUUAGGAUGAAGAUGUUAAGAAAGAUAAAAGAAUUAUAUUUUUAACUCCAGGAACAAGCAAGCCAAUAGAAGCAAACUAAUUAAAAUAAUAGUAAACAACUAUUGGAGUAAAUGUAAUGAAUCCUAAGUUUACUUUACUUACUUCUCCUAGUGAUUAAGAUUCGAAAUAUUAAAGAAAUAAUUAAUUACGCUAGAAAUCUUAAUAAAAUCUUAAAAGUAAAGAAGUUGAAGAAGGUUCUAAGCACACUUCCCAAUUAUAGAAGUAAAAUUUGAAUAAAUCAAACAGUGUUGUUUCAUAUCUGCAUUCAAAUGAAAUGAAAAAAAACAAUGAAGAGUUAAUUGAAAGAAAAGCAAGUCCACAAUUUAAAUAAUUUUUUAAGCCUGUAGCAUGGAGUCACGAAGCAGCCUUGUAACUUGCACAAAAAAGCGGCUCUCUUGAAGAAAUUCCAUAAGAACCUCUCGUUCAUUCUAACUAAGCUAUAAGAGGCACUCAAGCUCCAUUAGCAUUUAAUUCUAAAGAAAGCUUUGGUAAUAUUGAAUAAAAUUAAUUACAAUCUUACAUUCCUAGUCCUUAAUAGUAAUCACUUUAGAAUAUUGGAAAGCAAGUUCAAUUUUCAUAAUCAUAAAUUGCUUUACAAAACUAAGCACAAAAAUUAACAGAAUAAAAUAUUGAAAGAUAAUAUUCUGCUCACGAUUCUUAACAUAAUUAGCAGAAUCUUCUUUAUUCUAGGGCUUUGAGUAAAUAAUUAGAAAACAGCAUUAGUAAUUCUAAUGCUUAAGCUAAUCCAAAAUAUGUUUAUGUUAACUUUAAUGAUCCAAAUUUACAUUAGUAAAUUUAAGAGGAAACUGAUCCUUAUAAGAAAAAGUUAUUACAGUAAUAAUUAAAAGCUAGACAAAUGACUUAAAAGGAUAUAGAAGAAUAAUAAAGAAAAUUAAAGUAAUGGCAAACAAAAAAAGAUAGUAAGAUUGAGAACAAAAGAGUUGAAAAAUAAUCCAACGAAGUUAAAGAAUGUACAUUUAAGCCUGAUCUUAAACAUUUAUCAGAAUCAGCAAAAAAGGCUAUGAUGCUAACGAAUAACAUAGAGUAAUCGUUAAAAUAUAGUACUGUUUCUCCAUCUAAAACUAAAUUUGACUCCUAUGCAGACGCAAGAAAGUAUUAGCAAGACUUAAAGAAAACAUUUUCUAAAGUAAAUGAAAGUAAGCAAUAAUAAUAUUACAGUAAUUAAACUACAGAAAAUUAUCAAUAGUAAAACUAUCAAUCUCAAAUUUAACAGUAAAUUUCAGAACAUCUGAACUAGCAAUAAUAAAGCAUAUAAUCACAUGAAUUAGAAAAAGAAUACAAUUCAGAUAAUUUAAUUGAAUUCAAUAUGAUUAACUAAGACACAUAAUCUUCAAAUUGA